ACUCAUUUAGAUGUUUGUUUUAAUUAGUAUGCAUUUUACAUCAUUGUUGUCAUCCUCAUCAUCCUUAUCAUCAUCAUCAAUUGCAUUCUGAUUCUUGUAUUUAUUUUGUUGUAGUUGUUUGCAGUUUGUUCUGAUCGGGAACCAAUUUAUUUGGUAACAGAGUUGAUGUCAAAUGGAAGUUUGCUGGAUUAUCUUACAAAGGGAGAAGGUUAUUUUUUUCUUACAGUCCUUACAAAGGAGCUUUUGCAGAUUUUCCUGUUUUGAUUGACAUGGCAGCACAAGUAGCAUGUGGCAUGGCAUAUCUUGAACAACAAGGUUAUAUCCAUCGUGAUUUAGCUGCAAGAAACGUUUUAGUUGGCGAAGCACACUUGUGCAAGAUUGCAGAUUUUGGGUUGGCGAGACUAAUUGAAGACGACGAGUAUACAGCACAUGAAGGUGCGCGGUUUCCAAUCAAAUGGACAGCUCCGGAGGCUGCACUAAAAAGUGUCUUUACAAUCAAAUCUGAUGUUUGGUCUUAUGGUGUAUUUUUGUCAGAAGUCAUAACGAAAGGUCGAAUUCCAUACCCCGGGAUGUCGAACCCUCAAGUAUUAGCGGAGGUAGACAGAGGUUAUAGGAUGCCCAAACCUCAGCAGUGUCCACAACCUUUAUAUGAAAUUAUGUUGAAGUGUUGGCAUAAAGAGCCUGGUUCACGACCAACAUUUGAAUAUCUAUAUAAUACAUUGGAUGAUUACUUUAUAUCUAGUGAACCGCAAUACGAAGAAGAAGAGAAUAAUAGAUGAUUUCUUGAACGAAUAAAGUUGUAUUGACAAAAGACGAAAUCAAGCUUUUUGGAAUAGAAUAAGUAAUAUAUACCUGAAUAGUACAGGCUGAUUUGAUCACCAAACUUUUAGUCAUUCAUGUUUAGGGAUGGCGAAGGGUUAAAAUCAAAACCUUGAUUUAACGUUUAGCAUAAAAUUUGCGCCAUGUAGUUUUUGUGCUUUUGUGUGAUACUUAGUAGGCACAUGAUUGCCUGUUUGUGAAAAAGGGCAUUGGACUGUGGUUGUUUCUAAAAAUUUUUUUACAUCCAGAUGAUAAGAGGGAAGAGUCUAAUAUAAAUAGAUUUAUUUAUUUGUCUCAGUCAGAUUUUAAAAUUUCAGAUAAAGUUAAAAUUACCCAAAAAUUUCCCUUAUAAAUAUAUGAUUUUAAGAACAAAUUUUAUCGUACUUAAUGGUUGUAAUUUUACAUUUAUUAUUUCGCAACAUUUUUGAAUUAAAAUGA